GGGGGCGUUCCCUGGUGUUGCAGGGGUGCAGGUGGCUGAGGGGCAAAGCUUAGCUGUGCUUUGGGAGGGCUAGGAGCCUUUCUGGGACUUUCAUGCCCGGGUCCUGACUUCGUGCAGAGAAGGUUCCCGAGACCCGACCUCAGCCGGAUAAGCCCCAGUGGUUUUCUGUUAACCCUGUGAAGAGUCCUCAGACUUCCAAGGGGUCAUGACAACUGCUGGCUCAUUAAGGACAUUUACACAUGAAUCCAUGUGACAUUUGAUUCUUCAGACCAGGGAGAAGAAAAUGUGUCUGUAAUUCUCAUCUCGUGGCUUUUUCCGCUCAAGGUCUCUCAUUCUGGAUAUGCUGCUGUUUUUUGCUUUGGGAUUGCUUGUACAUUUUGUGUUCUUCACCUCCAUCUUUGACAUUUAUUUUACAUCUCCUUUGGUUCAUGGGAUGACUCCUCAGUUUACACCAUUGCCUCCCCCAGCAAAAAGAUUAGUGUUAUUUGUUGCCGAUGGCCUGAGAGCAGAUGCUCUUUAUGAAUUAGAUGAAGAUGGUAACUCUAGAGCACCGUUUAUUAGGAACGUCAUAAUGCAUGAAGGCAGCUGGGGAGUAUCUCACACACGCGUGCCAACAGAAUCUCGUCCUGGCCAUGUAGCCUUAAUAGCUGGGUUUUAUGAGGAUGUCAGUGCAGUUGCCAAAGGAUGGAAAGAAAAUCCUGUCGAAUUUGACUCUCUCUUUAAUGAGAGCAGGUACACAUGGAGCUGGGGGAGUCCGGACAUCUUGCCUAUGUUUGCCAAAGGUGCUAGUGGUGACCAUGUUUAUACCUACAGUUAUGAUGCUCAAAAAGAGGAUUUUGGUGCUCACGAUGCCACAAAACUGGAUACCUGGGUCUUUGAUAAAGUUAAGGACUUCUUUGAUGGUGCGAGGAACAACCAGUCUUUGUUCUCAAAAGUGAAUGAGGAAAAAGUAGUGUUUUUCUUACACUUAUUAGGAAUAGAUACAAAUGGACAUGCUCACCGACCAUCGUCAAGGGAAUAUAAGGACAAUAUUAAAAAAGUUGAUGAUGGAGUGAAGGAAAUUGUGUCAAUAUUCAAGCAUUUUUAUGGUGAUGAUGGGAAAACAGCAUUUAUCUUUACCUCCGACCAUGGAAUGACAGACUGGGGUUCCCAUGGCGCUGGUCAUCCUUCAGAGACUUUAACUCCUUUAGUGACUUGGGGAGCUGGGAUCAAAGGUCCUCAAAAAGUAUCAACUCAGCAAUUUGAUGACGAGUUUUUAAAAGAAUGGAGAUUGGAAAACUGGAAGAGGCGAGACGUUGAUCAGGCUGACAUUGCACCCCUGAUGGCGUCUCUUAUUGGAGUUCCCUUUCCUCUUAACUCGGUGGGGACACUUCCUGUGGACUAUCUUAACAACACUGGUCUCUUCAAAGCAGAGAGCAUGCUCACCAAUGCAGUGCAGAUUCUUGAGCAGUUCAAGGUGAAGAUGACUCAGAAAAAAGAAGUUACUUUGCCAUUUUUGUUUACACCAUUUAAGUUGCUCUCUGAUUCUCAGCAGCUGGAUAUUUUAAGAAAAGCAAGGUCUUAUAUAAAACAAGAAAAAUUUGAUGAAGUAGUCUCCCUCUGCGAGGAGCUGAUUAAUCUCGCAUUGAGAGGAUUGUCCUAUUAUCACACUUAUGACAGAUUCUUUCUGGGCAUCAGUGUUGCUCUUGGUUUUGUGGGAUGGACGUCUUAUGCUUCUUUGUUAAUCCUCAAGUCUCAUUCUAAUCUCUCAAGGAGUGCUAGGACGGAAGUUAAGAAGCCACACCGUCUUCUGCCAUGUAUCUUUGUAGCUAUUGGUGUUUUAAUGGCAUGCUUUCUGCUGAUCCAAGCCUGUCCCUGGACUUACUAUGUGUAUUGCUUGCUGCCGGUGCCAAUAUGGUAUGCAGUUCUAAGAGAAUAUCAAGUUAUUCAGGACCUGGUUGCCUCCCUGUUGACUUUUCCUCUCAGCCACGUUGUUGCCUGCUCGCUUGUCUUUAUCCUGGGAAUUGAAGUACUGGUGUUCAGUUUCUUCUACCGCUACAUGCUGACAGCCGGACUGAUUGUGUUUGCUGGUUGGCCGUUUCUCACUCAGCUGUGGGCCCGAGCAAAGAUCACCUGCCUGAGUUGGGCUCUCUUCUCCUUGCUUCUGGCAGUGUUCCCACUGAUGCCUGUUGUGGGUAGAAAGCCAGACAUCUCUCUAGUCAUGGGUGCGGGCUUGCUGGUUCUUCUGCUGUCCCUGGCUAUUGUAACAACUCUCACAAAAAGGAAAACUACUUUGGCAAAGGAGGAGCUGUUGGUGCUUCUGUUACAGAUGCUGAGUACAAUGUUCUCUAUGUAUGUUGUAUACAGCACCCACCACAGUCUGCUAAAGAAAGAAGGCCUGCCUCUUAUGAAUCAGAUUGUGAGCUGGGCCACGUUAGCCUCCUCGUUGGUUGUGCCGUUCCUGAGUUCCACGGCUCUCUUUCAGCGACUCUCCAGCAUACUUCUUUCCCUGAUGCCAACCUACUUGCUUCUGAGUACAGGGUAUGAAGCUCUCUUUCCGUUAGUGUUGUCCUGCUUGAUGUUUGUCUGGAUACACAUGGAACAAGAGACCCUACAACAGCCUGGCGUUUCCUGCAAACAGAAGCUUGGCAGCAUCCAGUUCACCUGUAACACUGACAUAGCUCAACUUCGACUGCUCGAUCCGGAUGACAUCCGCAGGGCCUUUUUCCUUGUUUUCUUUUUAGUGACUGCAUUUUUUGGAACUGGAAAUAUAGCUUCUAUUAAUAGCUUUGACCUUGCCUCUGUGUAUUGCUUUCUGACUGUGUUUAGUCCUUUCAUGAUGGGAGCUCUCAUGAUGUGGAAGAUUUUAAUUCCCUUUGUUCUUGUGAUGUGUGCUUUUGAAGCAGUUCAGAUAACUACCCAGCUGUCAUCAAAGGGCCUUUUCCUCGUUGUUCUUGUCAUAUCAGACAUCAUGGCUUUGCAUUUUUUCUUCUUGGUCAAGGAUUCUGGCAGCUGGCUUGAUAUUGGAACCAGCAUCAGCCACUAUGUGAUUGUCAUGUCCAUGACCAUCUUUCUGGUAUUUCUUAAUGGCCUGGCACAGUUGCUCACAACAAAGAAACUCCAAUUGUAUGGCAAAUCCAAAAGGCAUCUCCUGUGAUGUUAGUAAAGCCACCAGCCAACAUCUGCAUCCUGAUUCUCCUUAAAGAAAAAUCCUACCAAGGAGUCAAGAAGAUGGAUAUUGGACCAGAGAGAUGGCUCAGUGGGUAAAAGUACUUGUUCCACAGGCUGACAUGAGUUUGAU